AUGAAAAAAGACAUUAAAGAAUUCGUUGAAUCCGAUGAAGAAAGAAAUUAUGAAAACUCAUUUGUGGAUAUAGCUGAAUUGGAGUAUAACCAGCAAGAUAACAAACAGCAGAAUGACAUUGAUGAUAGUGAAAGCAUCAAAUAUUUGAAUAUAAAGUUUACACCAGAGACGGUCAUAAGAACAGAAACACCACCACUGGAAAAUAAUUAUGAAUUUCCAAUUUCCACUUCCCAUCAGAAUUUAUUGCUGGAUGUUCAGUACUUUGAACAUCUGUAUCAUAAAGUUCUAAAAGUUCAUUUAAAGAAUCAUUUUCUUCCUCUUGAAGAACCUCUAUCUACUCAUAGAUAA